CUUAACCUAUAUAUUUACAUUACAUUUUAUUUACAACAAUUAAAAAUGAUACUUCGAAAAAAUUUACUACCCAGGCGCGUAUCUGACGCCCUAACGACUCUAUUCGUGAUAGUCAUGAUACCGACAGUCUACUAUUUUGAAAUUUUUAUCGUGCUACCCAGAUUUUACAUGAUGUGGAGCUUUUGGCAUAUAUUCCAUUGUACCCUAGGAACUUACAUCCUAUGGAACAUUGUCACGAACUUUGUGGCUUUGCAGCUGUGUGAUACCAGCAUAAGAGGAAGACUAAUGCCUUCAAAUCCUGGUAAAAGUUGGAGGUUUUGUUCUGUAUGUGAAUCAUUUGCUCCUCCAAGAUCUUGGCAUUGUCAAGUAUGUGAUGUGUGUAUACUAAAGAGAGAUCACCAUUGUAUAUUUAUUAGUUAUUGUAUUGGACAUGAUAAUCUUAGAUACUUUAUUAUGUUUGUCUUGUAUAUGUUUAUUGCAACUGUCUAUGCUAGUUAUUAUAAUCUAAUGUUUAUUUGGGAAGUAGUUCCUUUUGACUAUUCAUGGAAAACACUCUUCAAAAUCAUAUUUCCUUUUGCUGUACUCUUUAUUGAUUUUACACAUAACCAGGCUUAUGUGGUUGUAUCUUUGAUUAUCAUAAUAGGGGCAAUAUUUUGUGGUGUACUAUUAUUUUAUCAUACCAGUAAUAUGUUAAAGGCACAAGUUACAAAAGAAAGAAAUAAGUCACUUAAUGAAUAUGAUAGAGGUGUUUGGAAUAAUAUUAAAGAUGUUCUUGGUGAUAAAUGGUACUUAGUAUGGCUGUCACCAUUUAUUAAAAGUAGUUUAGAUCAAGAUGGUAUUAAUUGGAUCACCAAAAAUUCGGAUAAAGCCAAAUAGCUUGGAAGUCUGAUAAUUUGACCAAACUUACAAUAUAUGUGUAUUAUAUUAUGUUGAUUAAAUGUUACAAGAAUAAAUGUACAGUAUUACUAGUCUGAAUGUUCAAAGAUUGUGAUAAACACACAUAUUUGUAUAACAUAUCACCUUUAAUUGAGUUUAUGUGAAAACACAAAUUACUACACAAUAAUUGUAUAGAUGUGUAAUUUUUUCAUUGUUACAUAAUUAUAAAGGUACCAACAUGUUAGGAUAAGUGAUAAUUUUACAUUAUUAUGUUUCUUAUACAUAUAGUAAGAAUUUUUUCAGGACUGUACUUAUACAACCAAUUUUUAUUGAAUUUCUACUUACCACAUACUGUAUCACGAAUUUUAUUUAAAUAAAUCUUAUGAAUUGGUUCA